AUGGCCAAAUCGAUCCGAGCGAAGAACAAGAUGGCUUCAAGAGCCAGAAAGAGGUUACAAACCCACUAUGCCGUAUCGGACGCCGCUAGAACACAAAGGUUGUCGGAUAAGUUAUUAGGGAAGGAUAAGAAGGAUGGAGAGGAGGAGAUGAACGUGGAAGGCGAAGGUGAGCGUGAGGGUGAGGAGAACAAGGAAGGUGAUGAGGAGAUGAAAGAAGAGCCAAAGAAAGUCUCGACUUCAGGAAGACGAGGAUCCCGACGUGAACAAUGGAGAUUAUCAAAAGGAAUGUCCGCCAAGCCCAAGAAGAGCAGAAUGGGUUGUAAACCAACUAGAAGACGUUAA